GGUGGCAGGCUGUGGUGGGCUGCCUGUGGCGACGAGGAAACGUUGCUUUCCUUUGUUCAUUAUCUCCUGCAAGAUGAUGAGUUCUAAUCAGGAGGAGGUCACUUUGGGCGCUUUUCUCCAGUAUAUUGAAGAUAUGGGGAUGAAGGCCUAUGAUGGCUUGGUUAUACAGAAUGCAUCAGACAUUGCUCGAGAGAAUGAUCGCAUGAGGAAUGAAACAAACCUGGCUUACUUGAAAGAAAAGAGUGAAAAACGCCGAAAACAAGAAGAAGCAAUAAAACGCAUAGGUGGAGAAGUAGUGAGAGGAAAUGAAGGAAGCUACGUGGGGAAACAUUUCCGCAUGGGAUUUAUGACAAUGCCUGCUCCUCAGGACAGACUGCCACAUCCUUGCUCCAGUGGCUUUACCGUGAGAUCCCAGUCUCUUCAUUCUGUUGGAGGAACCGAUGACGAAAGUAGCAGCUCUCGUAAGCAGCCGCCUCCAAAACCUAAGCGAGACCCCAACACCAAACUAAGCACCUCAUCUGAAACAGUCAACACUGGAACAACAAGUAAAAGUGGGAAACUACCGGACAGGACUGAAGUGUCAGCCAAACCAAGACCUCACAGUGAUGAAUACACAAAGAAGAUUCCACCUCCUAAGCCGAAACGAAAUCCAAACACCCAGCUAAGCACAUCUUUUGAUGAAACGUAUAUCAAAAAGCAUGGCCCUAUGAAGACAACACUCACUAGGGAUGCCUCUUUAUCGCAGGUCAGCAGUCCUGCCCCAGACACAGAGGAAGAAGAGCCUGUUUAUAUUGAAAUGGUUGGGAAUAUUCUCAGAGACUUCAAAAAAGAUGAGGAUGACCAAAGCGAAGCAGUCUAUGAGGAGAUGAAAUACCCUAUAUUUGAUGAUGUAGGCCAAGAUUCAAAAUGUCAAUGUGAAUAUGACCAUCACACUUGUUCUUCUCAGUGUGCUACUCCCACAGUGCCUGACCUAGAUUUCACCAAGUCUUCAGUGCCAUCUACUCCCAAGGGCUUGCUUUGUGAUAUACCCCCACCAUUUCCAAAUCUGCUUUCUCACAGACCUCCACUGCUGGUGUUCCCACCAGCACCAGUGCAGUGUUCCCCAAAUUCUGACGAGUCUCCUCUAACUCCACUAGAGGUCACAAAGCUUCCUGUUUUAGAGAAUGUGUCUUACAUCAAACAACAAGCUGGAGCUUCUCCAUCUUCACUGCCACCUCAUAUACCAGGCCAUCAAAAACUGGAGAAAGAUCAGACAGUAUCUCAUGGAACUAGCACCCCUGGGCACACCUCCUCACCUCCUCAUCCUUCUACCUUAUACAGAACACAGUCUCCACAUGGUUAUCCUAAAAGUCACUCUGCCUCACCUUCUCCUGUCAGUAUGGGUAGGUCUCUUACCCCCUUAAGCCUCAAAAGACCUCCACCUUAUGACUCUGUACAUUCAGGAAGUCUCUCAAGAAGCUCUCCAUCAGUGCCUCAUUCUACAGCCAGAAACACAUUGCAAGAAGGAGGAAAGAUGGUAAACGCCUCGGUCAGUACCUAUGGGUCGUCAUCUCAGAGUGGUUCCCGUUCUCGGACACCCACCAGUCCUCUGGAGGAACUAACCAGCCUCUUUACCUCAGGACGAAGUCUCCUGAGGAAGUCCUCCAGUGGCAGAAGAUCUAAGGAACCUGCAGAAAAACCACUAGAUGAGCUGAAGAUCAGAAGUCACAGCACUGAACCACUACCAAAGCUGGAAAACAAAGAGAGGGGAGGCCAUCAUGAGACAGCUUCCUCCAGGGAGCCAGGGAAAGCUCAGGAAUGGGACGGAACGCCAGGCCCGCCUGUGGUGUCCAGCAGGCUGGGGAGAUCCUCUGUCAGUCCAACCAUGUUGGCUGGAAGCAACAGCUCAGAGCCUAAAGGAACUUGCAGAUUAGGUCGGUCUGCGUCCACAUCAGGUGUGCCUCCUCCAUCUGUUACUCCGCUCAGGCAAGCCAGUGAUCUUCAGCCGAGCCAGGUGACGUGUAUGCAGUGGUUGCAAGGGGACCAUACAAUGCUGGAUAUGAUUGAGAAAAAACGUUGCCUCUGCAAAGAAAUAAAAGCUCGACAGAAAUCAGAAAAAGGACUCUGCAAACAGGACAGCAUGCCUAUUUUGCCGAGUUGGAAAAAGAAUACUGGGACCAAGAAAUACAGCCCUCCUCCUUAUUCCAAACAACAAACUGUUUUCUGGGACACUGCAAUUUGA